CUCCUCUUCGUUGCAUGCUUAUGUAUUUUUUAUGAAACUAGCAUGCAGUAUGCAGGCUUAUAUUUUGUUGUCACUAGGGGGUUGGCUGUAUCUUUGGGACCAUAAACCUCAAUGUGGAGGGUGUUGGGGGUGCUUAGUGAAUUUGAUGGAUUUUACUGCAACACUGGCCAAUGGCCAGUAAGACAUACAGUCCAUUAAAUGCAUCAUAACUCAAUGCAUUUAUUCUUAGCACUAUAGCGAACUAUGAUUCAGUACUACACUUCACUGCCAUUAUAUCAAUUAAGGGAAUAUAUUAAGCAAACUAAGUAUAGCCACUAGUCCAUGCCAUUCCCAUUGUGGUGAAGCAGAGUUUUGUUGUUUCUGCUGUGGUGUGCACUGCUUUAUAGCUGAAGAUUUAGAACCAGCUUCUCCAGCAGCUGAAGCAAAGGGCAAGAAACCGCUUGCCUUGGCUCGCGUAAAACGUGGGUUGGCCCUAUAAAUCCACCUGAUUGUAUAUUUACCUGUGUGACAAAUCCAGAAGAGAAACACACACCGUGAGAGAGCAGGGCGUACAGGAAAGCUAAGAGGGCAAUUGGCAAAAGGGUGCUACUUGACCAACAAACGGCGUCGAUAAGUUUCACAAGAAAUGGGAAUGUCUUGACGUCGUUCCUUUAAAACGGACAAUGAAAAAUUCAAGGUCAUCCAAGAUAAUAAACAAUGUUUAUUGGUGCUGAACAGUGUUCGAGGGUUUACUAGCUGUACCUGUGCUAAAUCUAAAACUAUAUCCCCUAACCUACUGCAUCAGUACUGCUUGUAGCCUAAACCUGGAUAUAUGCACUUGGGAAUUUGCUCUGGGUAAGAGCAUCUAGUAGUGCUAUGAUUCAGUUGGUAGUGCAUUGUGCUAAUGACGCAAAAAGUCACGGGUUCCAACCCAGGAAAAACAUGUGCAUUUAUGACCAAUAUAUGGCUUUGGAUAAAAACGUCUCCUAAGAAGCAUACAUAUCUGCUAAAUGCCUAAGCGUAAUGUAUGUGGCCUACCUCUACUUUGUGGCUGCAAAAAUGCAUUAUAAAUUAGCAGGUGGCCAAACACAGAAAGCCUUGAGCUAAUGCUAGCGGCGGGCACCUUUCAGUUAACCCUCCCAUUUGCUUCUCCUCCUCCACAGUCUAGCAGGGUAAAUAGCACUUGUAGCAAUGGCAUAUCCAUUAAUAACUCCUCUGCCAUUUGCACACCCUCAAAUCAUGCAGAUGGAUGUGCCUGCACUACGGGUUAGCCACUUCUCAUCCAUGUUGAGAAGAUUGAAAGGAAGGGAUUAGUUUUUUCCUCUCAUCGUAAAUGCCAAGAAGUUAGAACAGAGGCGUUUGUCAGCACAGCGAGGAGGGCUUUGCGGACUAAUUUGAAGCCCCUACACAUCCCGGACAUAAAUAAGUCACAUUUACUAGCGAGCACUUCACACCAGCUGUGUCUAAAAUAACUCCAAUUAAAUGGUCUGUGCAUGGCCCAGCCAGUAGCCAGCGCUUCCAGUGGAACGAAAACAAGUUCAGGCAAUGCAUUACCCUGCUUAACAUACCGUCACUUAUUUGCUGUUUUUUUUCUCACUAUAUACACCAAAGUUUGGACACAUCGCAAAACUGUUCCAUUGCGCUCCAGCUAGGGUGACCCGAUUCACUGGAGGGCGGUGUAAUAAUGUAACGAGAACCUACAAUAAUGGCAGUUACAUUCUGAAAUCCCACUGAAGUAAUGGUACCCGUGAAAUGCGGGACAAUCGAGAUCUUCUCCGCAGAAGUCGGGACCCCGUGAAAAGUAGCUGAAAUGCGGGGCUGUGCCCGGCGUCUCGUCACCAGGCUCCGCCAGUCUGUGGUUCCGUUCUGGCCUAUUUUCUGUCCUGGAGUGAAGAAGCUGGGUGAUGCGCCAGCCUAGCUGACUCGGGAGCCAGACUGAGUGAUGCAGGCAAGCGAGAGAUAUCCGCGCGAGAGUGCUGGAGGCAAAUGCAGGGCUGCAGGAGCGGAGAUGUACGGAGCGUGAGCAGCCUGCCAUGGCUAACCGCAAGAGGCAGGGGACCGGCAGCGGCAUGUCUGAGCCCCUCCCUCGGCCCGGCCCCGCCCCGUUCCCCACCGAUGGGAAUGAAGAGGUGUCCCAGGGUGAGGAAGCCCCCCAGCACCCCUACUGCGUGCCCCAGGAACCCGUCUCCAAGGACAGCCGCCCGGCCACGCCCAACACCCCCGAUCGCGGCCACGCAGGCUGCCGCGCCCGCCCAGACAGCGUGGACGGGGACUCCAGCUCCGACUACGUCAACAACACGUCGGACGAGGAGGAAGACUUCGACGAAGGGCUGCCCGAAGAGGACGAGGGCGUGACCUACUACAUCCGCUACUGCCCCGAGGACGACAGCUACCUGGAGGGGGUGGAGUGCGGCGAGGGGGAGUACCACACCGUCCAUCCGCAGCCGGGCCCCGACACUGACGAAUCCCAGGAGGCGGUGGAGGAGUGGGCGGAGCCGGAGGGGCGGAGUGAUGUGCUGGAGGAAGCCGCGGAUGAGCCGCCGCGGUUUGACGGGAGUCCUGAACCUCUCCAAGACCAGCACCCCGCCUCACUGACGGCCGCCAAACUGGGGAAUGAGGAGGCGGAAGGGGAGGAGAGCGAGGGGUACUGCCCUACCGAGGCGGAAGAAGGGGAGGAGCCAGACGGAGGUGAUUACACGGGGGACUAUUACGCCCCAGAGCACAAUGGGAACUCUGCGCCUGUGUCACCCUGCCGGGGCCACAGGGGCGGGGAGGGGGGCGAGCGGGGUGGUGUGGGCGUGGUGCAGGGCGGGGAGGACGCGGAGGAGGACAUCGACCAGAUCGUGGCCGAAAUCAAGAUGAGCAUGAGCAUGGGCAGCCUGAGCAGCGGCACGGACCAGAGCCCGGAGGACCUGCAGCUGGACGCCCUGCCGAAGGACUGCCCCGAGCCCCCCGCCAGGCCCGAACCCGCCCCUUAUGCCCCGCACCCCCACGAGGGCCGCCCCAAAUCUCUCAACAUCCCCCCCGCGCGGCACAGCAACCCUGAGCUGCAGAGAGGGCUGAAGGCUCGCUCCUACUCUCCGGAGGAGAGGCCCCAGUCAGCACAGGAACAGCAGGGAUCCAACAGUGUGGAUCAGCCCCGGAAACAGCAACGGUCUGAUCUGAAUGGGCCAGUGGAGAAUAAUAAUGCCACAGAGCAAACCAAGAAGACUGCCGCUUUCCCGAGUUUUGUCGAUGUCCCAGGGCCCUGUGAGCCGGAGGACCUCAUUGAUGGGAUCAUCUUUGCUGCCAAUUACCUGGGCUCCACCCAGCUGCUGUCUGAGCGGAACCCGUCCAAAAACAUCCGCAUGAUGCAGGCCCAAGAGGCGGUGAGCCGGGUGAAGAGGGCUCAGAAGGCUGCCAAAAUCAAGAAAAAGGGGAGCCCGGAAGGAGACGCGCAGACAUUGACGGAGGUGGACCUCUUCAUCUCCACGCAGAGGAUCAAAGUGCUCAACGCAGACACACAGGAGGCCAUGAUGGACAACGCCCUGCGCACCAUCUCCUACAUCGCCGACAUCGGGAACAUCGUGGUGCUGAUGGCCCGCCGGCGCAUGCCCCGCACCGCCUCGCAGGACUGCAUCGAGACCACGCCCGGGGCGCCCGAGGGCAAGAAGCAGUACAAGAUGAUCUGCCACGUCUUCGAGUCGGAGGAUGCACAGCUCAUCGCGCAGUCCAUUGGUCAGGCAUUCAGCGUGGCCUACCAAGAGUUCCUGAGAGCCAAUGGGAUCAACCCCGAGGACCUGAGCCAGAAAGAGUACAGUGACAUCAUCAACACGGAGGAGAUGUACAACGAUGACCUCAUCCACUUCUCCAACUCUGAGAACUGCAAAGAGCUGCAGCUGGAGAAGCAGAAGGGCGAGAUCCUGGGCGUGGUCAUCGUGGAGUCCGGCUGGGGCUCCAUCUUGCCCACGGUCAUCCUGGCCAACAUGAUGAACGGCGGCCCUGCCGCGCGCUCCGGCAAGCUGAGCAUCGGAGACCAGAUCAUGUCCAUCAACAACACCAGCCUGGUGGGGCUGCCCCUCGCCACCUGCCAGGGCAUCAUCAAGGGCCUGAAGAACCAGAUGCAGGUAAAGCUGAACAUUGUGAGCUGCCCCCCUGUCACCACCGUCCUCAUCAAACGACCAGACCUCAAAUACCAGCUGGGCUUCAGUGUGCAGAAUGGCAUCAUCUGCAGUUUGAUGCGCGGAGGCAUUGCGGAGAGGGGUGGAGUCCGCGUCGGCCACCGCAUCAUCGAGAUCAACGGACAGAGCGUGGUGGCCACUGCGCAUGAGAAGAUCGUUCAGGCCCUGUCCAACUCCGUGGGCGAGAUCCACAUGAAGACAAUGCCAGCAGCCAUGUUCAGACUCUUAACUGGGCAGGAGACUCCCAUGUACAUCUAGAGCCAGAAUGGACUUUGUUUCACACGAAAAGCCACAAGAGGGAGUUGUUUGCACAUGUCCAGGGACCUCUGGGAACAUGACCUUUCGGAAUUAGUCAAGCAAACGAACAAAGGGGAGUUGAAAGCCUUUUCUCGUCAUUUCCUACUUUUUUUUGCCAUCUUACUCAGCGCAAAGGAAUUUCUUGGCUCUUCUAUUCCCGUACCACUCUCCGGACACUCACAGCAUUUUAAGGACAUUUUAAAGAGAACAACUGAAAAGAAAUAUCAUGUAUUGUAUUUAUUUGUGCCAUCUGUCUAUGGUAUGUAUGUCUUGUCAGAAAAUUUGAAGAAAAAAAGAGGAGUGAAUGUCUCAUGGAUUAUUUUUUUAUAUGCAUAUAAAUAUUGACAUGGUAUAUAUUCUGUACAUUUCUGUUUUUGCUUUUGUAUUUUUUUUUGUAGUGUAAAUAUUAUUAUUUUUUUGCUUGAGGUGUCUAUUGGGAUAUGCCAUUGCUGUGCUGCAUAUAUUUACUGACUUUCCCUAUUGUAGCACCACUGGACUCCCUUGAUCCAGAUGUGGAUCUACUUAGGAAAUGCAGACAAAUUAGUUCCAGAUCAAAACCCGUCAUCUCAGAAAUUGAUUCUGCGGCAUCAACAAACGCUUGAGAACAUGUUGGGCUGAAAGCGGAAGUUAGCUUAAGUUUGAGCCUCAGGGUCAAACCUCAAGACCAUAGAGAUUAGACCAACUGCUUUACAACUGGAACAACUGAUUCUUAUUUGACAGAUUCAGAUAUCUCUUCUGGUUCUCAUGCAGCUCCAUGAUCUAGUGGUUAUAGCCUGGGGUUUCAACUCCAGCUAAGUACGCUGUUAUCACCACACCAAGCAGAAAAGUUUGGUUGAGAAUGUAGUUCCAUCAAUAACUUCUGACUUCAUAGCAUCACUGCCUGAAUGAUGUGGCAGCUCGUGACUUCAUUGUAGUUCAAGUUAAAGGACACUGGUUUUAGUAAACAUGCUUUUUUUGACUGCUGUUACGUUUUAGCUAGUAAUGAUAGUUGGUACAUUUUAGGAAGUCACAUAUUUCACCAAAACAGUUUGUUUUGUGUUUGAUACAUAAGUCCAAAGAUGACGAUAUUUAAACAUUUUAGGGAAUUUAGGCAUACAGUUUUUAAAAGGCCUAGAAAAGAAAUUGUCUUAAAGUAUGGAAACACAACAUAUGGGACAGUGUUAUGUUUCUUCACACACUAAUGGGAGAAAUUUAAUCCCCCCUGAAAAUAAUUGAAUAUGUACAUUGUUCUUCAAUUCAAACCCACAAAGCUAAUGCAAACAUGAAACUGAAAUUUUUAAAAAAUUGCGUGUUCUGUUAAUUUCUUGUUUCCUAGGGAACUUUGUCUGCGUGGAUUGUAAGUGUAACGUAACAGAAUUGUAUUCAUAAUCAUCUACAGUAUUUAGAAUGUGUGUACAUAAUGAAGACCUUCCGUAUUGUGCCCAUUUGUGAAUUACUGUUGGUCGCUGCAAACCUUCUCAUCAGAAUUGGCCUAUUUCAUGAAUGAAUGAUAAUGAUAAAAUAAAAUACACUGUGACUGAAAAGCCUUACCAUUGAGUAAGGCAUCAACAAUGUAUUGUUGAAUAAUGACAUUGAAAAAGGAACAAAACAUUAAAAUUGUUGUGUUUGCAUGCAGCUGAAGCUGGAACGAAGUCAUUAUGGAAAAAAGAACAAAAAAUAAAUUUUGCCAUUCAAUUUUUAA